UUUUCUUGCAAAAGUGAUCAAUUAAGGAACCCUCUUCUUUUUUCUUCUUCUUAAUUCGUGGUUUGUUUCUUUGAAAAGAGAAGUUAUGAGCCAAGUUCGUGCAAAUUCAUCCCCUGACUUGGAUUUUCCAAGCACAGCAAAGGACCAAAGAUAUGAUGAUUUGGCAUUACAAGGGGUAGCAGCAAAUGUGAAAUUACUGCUAAAACUAAUCCAAGAUCAUCAGAUAGCCUGUGAUCAAGACAAGAAUGAUCGUAGGAGAAUGUUGAGGGUUGCUACAAUGAUGACAAUUUUGGAUAAUGCUAAGGACAGAAUCCAAAAAUGCCAAUCAUUUGGCCUCAAGAAACCGGAUCCUGAGCUAAGGAGGUGCAAGACUGAAGUGCGUCGCAACCUGGUCCCACCGGGUAAGAAGCCUGGUGGUGGGGUCGGGGUGGUGCCGGUGAUAGAGGAGGAGGAGGAGGAGGAGGUGGAUGCAGACGAGGAGAAGGAGCGGCUGAGGCGCGAGUUGACCUCAAGCCUGGCCGCUCAGAGGACCCUAAGAGCGAUGUGCUCGAGUUUAGGGAAGGAGAAGAAGUUCAUGGAGGCAGAGCUUUCUAAAAAAGUUCAUGAAUUGAGUGAGAUGGAGGAGUUUUUGAACAAUCUCAAGGCACAAAACGAGACGUUGCGCCAAAAAGUUCAAGAAUGCCUCUCUGAUGACAAGGAGGGUAAGGCUGGUGGUGGGGAAAUGCACGUGGCGUUGGUGUUGCAAGCAAGGAACAAGGCGCUCUCAGAGCAGUUGAUGAGGUCUCUUGAUGGUUAUAAGUCAAUGAAAAGGAAGCUCAAAGCAUCGCAAGAAGAGAAUGUUGUGUUGCAUUCGACCGUUGAUGAGGUUGGGACAAAAGUUGUGGGAAGUUUGGGGAGGGUUAAGAGUUUGAAGAAACGGAUAGCUACAAUGUCGUCCCCUUCUGGGGGCGAAACCCCCCUCGAUCUCCAGGAAGAGAUUGAGGGGUUGGAGGAUAUGUUUGAGCGCUUCCAGUUACUGGUGGAGAAGCACGGGAAGAUACAGGGCGAUUGCGCCCAGCCUAGUGGCGAGAUCAAUGCAUAUAAGCCCUCAGUUCUUGCUUGAGACCGGGCACUGAUUGUCGACUGAAGGAUUUUUUGUGUGACUAAAUCGAAUUUUGGUUGAUUUUAUUUUUUAUUUUUGUUUUGGACUUUUUUAAGUGAUGGCAUUGUUUGAAGAUGUGGUUGGGCUUCA